UAUUUCUGAAACGAGUGUAUUGAAGAGAAAAUGAAGGUAGGGGAAAAACAAUUACUGCAGGGCUGGAGCCCAUCACAACAAUAGUGAAGAGGUUGGGGACACAGCCGCGACGAGCGUUUGAUGUUCCGAGGAUCAGAUCUCAGGCUAUGAGAACAUGACGUCUCCUCAUAAUAAUCCUGCUAGGUUAGCUAGUAGCAACAAGGACAAGCCCUCUCUUCAACAAUCUUCUUUUGCCACAGACAACAGAAAAUAUAUCUUUGGGGGCAAUUACAAAGAGGCCAAAGGUAUGCUACUUUUACAGACUCUCUUUGAUCGGUUGUCCUGUCAAGCCAAUCGAUAAUCGUCCCGAAUCCCCUGACUUACGAACAAUUCCUCCCGAGCAACAGUGAUUAAACACUGUUGCACAAAUAAUCUACCAUCAUUCACCUGGCAAUUUCGCUAUGCGACUCUUCGUGGUGCCAAUCUCGACGCAACGAGCAUUGAUCUACUCUCGGCCCCUCAGCAGGGAUAUCGCCAAGGAGCUCUCGGUACUCGAUCGCGUCACGAACAAGGCCGCGGAAACAUGGGCUAAAUGGGAGGAAGCUGAUAAAGGUUGGAAGAAACACCUUGUGACUUGGGGGAAUAAGGUCCAGCAGCGCAUCCCUUUUGAAGAAUGGGGCCUGAAAAGCGUUCCUUCUCUCAAGGCCCAGAGGAGACUCGAUAAGUCGUCUGAGACGAAGAAAGUCGACGUUCUGUUCCCCGGAAAUGCGAUCAAGGCAGAGAACCUUCGCUCAAUUCUCCGAAAAAUAGCGACAGAGAGACAGGACUUGCAUCACAAGAAAAUGUGGUGGAGUUUGAUUGCAGCUCCGUUCACAGCUCCAGUUGCGUUGAUUCCAGUUGUUCCUAAUAUCCCUUUCUUCUAUCUUGCGUACCGAGGCUGGUCGCAUUGGCGAGCCUUGAAUGGUUCCAAGCAUCUAGAAUACCUAGUUGAGAAAGAUUUGCUCAACCCAAUCUCGUUUCCAGGGCUGGAGCAACUAUACGCAAAACGCGUAGCCCGCGUGCUCGGUGACUCCGAAAAGUCCGCUUCAAGCAUGGUUGAAGAAGUGGAGCGGAGCGAGGACAGAUUAUUACUCGAUAUGGCCGACGCUAAGAAACUGGCUUCCAUCCUUGAUGCGCCUGAACUCGCACUUGAAGCAGAACGAGCUAUCUUCCAAGUCGGCGAAAGUCUCAAGGCACAACAUCAAGCUGCCAAAACUGAUCAAGAAUCUGCCACUUCGAAAGAGAAGAAGACGUGACUGCAUAUGAAUGGAAACGAAGCGACCGCAGGAACUUAUGACACAACUGUAUAGACUACGGACUUACACGAUUUCCUCUUCUGCUAGUUAUAAUGCACCAUUGAAUUGAGUGGUUGUUCCUGAGACUCGUUGACAACAAGUACAUUUAUAUGAUUCUGCUUUUUAUGACUUAAUCAAAAUUAACUUAAUCAGAAUUCAGAAGCUGGGUUUGCAACAG